AUGCAAAACACUCCGGUUCUAUCUGCUCCCGAGCCAAAUGAGAAGCUCUUUAUGUACCUUGGGGUAUCCAGCAUCGCUACAAGUGCCGUUCUAAUCCGUUGCAAAGAGGGAAAACAAUUCCCAGUUUUUUAUGCCAGUAAAACAAUGGCCGAGCCGGAAAGAAGGUACUUAAAGGCUGAAUGGGUGAUCUUGUCACUGGUCAACGCAAAAAGGAAGCUCAAGCAUUAUUUUGAAUCCCAUCCGAUUGUCGUCUUAACUACUUUUCCUAUAAGGAUGAUCUUGCACAAACCAGACCUGUCAGGAAGAAUGACAAAAUGGGCCAUUGAGUUGAGCUCAUUUGAUAUUACAUAUGAACCCAAAACGGCAAUCAAAGGUCAAGCGGUGGCUAACUUCCUACUUGAAUGUGAUGUUGAAAACUUGGAGGAAGAUUAUAGUUGUUCCUUAUGGAAACUCUUUGUAGAUGGCUCUUCAAAUCAAAUGGGGGCAGGAAUUGGAAUCAAAUUACAAACACCAGAGGGCACCACGCUGAGCCAAGUGAUCAGACUUGAGUUCAACACAACCAACAAUGAGGCUGAAUACGAGGCAUUAUUAGCUGGGUUGAAGUUAGCUAAAGAGCUGAAGAUCAAGAACCUAAUUGCUUAUAACGACUCACAGCUAAUCGUUCGACAGGUAACUGGAGAAUACGGAACCAAAGAUAAGAUUAUAGAAGCAUACCGAACUGCGAUUCUGCGUAAGGCGAAAGAUUUCGAUCAGAUCAAGUUCAUUCAGUUAUCGAGGGAGUGUAAUGAAGAUACUAAUCGUUUGGCCUGUAGUGCAUCCAAUUCUGGAGAAACAUUGGCUGGGGUCAUCCCAGUUGACGUGUUGAUCCAGCCAUCCAUUUUUAAUGAACAGCCCAAUCCGAGUGUUCAGCAAGUUAAUGUUAUACCAUACGAGCCAAGCUGGAUUGAUCUAAUCAUAGCUUUCGUACGUGAUGGUGUGCUACCCGAACAGAAAGAUGAAGCAAGAAAAAUCAGGUCCAACGCCGCGAAAUAUGCUAUUGUACGUGAUCAGUUGUACAGGUGGUCCUUCUCAGGUCUAUACUUGAAGUGUGUUAACCCAACAGAGGCUAGACAGAUCAUACGAACCAUUCAUGAAGGUGUAUGCGGAAAUUAUUCAGGGGGAAGAUCUUUGGUACACAAAGUAAUGACACAAGGGUACUUUUGGCCAAACAUGGCACGAGAUGUAAAAGAAUUCUCUAGAAGAUGUGACAAAUGCCAAAGGUUCGGACCAUUGAUACACCAACCAUCUAAAGACUUGCACGUAAUGGCCACGCUAUGGCCUUUCGCGCAGUGGGGGAUGGACGUGGUUGGCCCUCUGCCGACCGCAAGAACGCAGAACAAGUAUAUUCUGCUAGUAAUUGAUUACUUCACCAAAUGGGUAGAGGCAGAGCCGUACCCUAGUGUCACCCAAACUCAAAAGUUGGCAGCAGUUAGUCAUCCCCAGGCUAAUGGUCAAGCUGAGAUCACGGACAGGACAAUAUUUGCCUAUAUCAAGAAGAAGCUCAAAAAUGAAAAAGGAAAAUGGUUAGAUGAGCUUCCAAACGUCUUGUGGGCUUACAGAACGACCCUAAGAUGGCAGACUCGGGAGAGCCCAUUCGCUAUGGCGUACGGCACCGAGGCAGUGAUACCAAUCGAAGACUUAGUUCCAACCGUUAGAAGCUUGGCGUGGAAUCAAGAGCAUAAUGAUAGAAUGCUAAGGUUUAAUCUCGAUCUGCUAGAGGAGAAAAGGGAUGCAGCUACAGUAAGGCUUGUUUUUUAUCAACAGAUGCUCAUAAAUAGCCAUAACAAGAGGGUGAAGCACAGAGAUUUUGCCCUUGGCGAUCUGGUUCUUAAAAGGAACGUGGGGAUAGUCAAGAAAAUGUUUUUGCCAUGGGAAGGUCCAUACAGAAUUGCAAAAGUCAUAGGAAAGGGGGCAUACGUCCUGGAGACCAUGGCAAGAAGGUUGGUCAGUAAACCAUGGAAUGCCACAUCUCUGAAAAGGUACUACCAGUAG